CUGUCUUCCCUAAGAAUCCAUAAAGAGACACAGACUUUGAACCCAAUUUAUCUUAUUUAUUUGACCUUACUGUCAUAAAGUGUUCAAAUUCAAGGAUUAUAAAGGAUGUAACAAGGACAGAAUUCAGGGUCCCAGGCAGAGGAACAGAAGGCCAAGGCAGUCAGCUUUCCAGAGCUCAGCAGCAGGUUCAAAUUCCGUUCAUUAAAGAUGGCAUGGAAGAGCAGGAGUCCGCUGCAAAUGUGCAGACUUGUUGUGGUGAUUUUAUUUUUGCCAUCCAAGACAACAAGUUCUGUUUUAACUGUGAAUGGUAAAGCAGAGAACUAUACCCUGGAAACUCAACCUGGUGUUUACGAAUCUCUGGAAUGUACUGUUCAUAACCACACCGGAGAUGAAGAACUCCUGUGGUACCGAGAAAAGGACAGAAUAGAUUUGAAACCUAUAAACAAAAUCAACUCCAGCUCUGUCUGCGUCUCUUCCAUCAGUGAAGAUGAUAACGGUGUCAGUUUUACCUGCAAGCUGCAAAGUGAUCAGACGGUGUCCAUCUCAGUGGUGCUGAAUGUCACUUAUCCACCUUCCCUGAGUGGAGACAACUUCCGAACAGCUGAAGAAGACAGUGAUGUGGACUUGGUUUGCAGUGUGAAAUCCAACCCACAAGCUCAAAUGAUGUGGUACAAAAACAAUAGUGCCCUGGUAUUAGAGAAAAGUCGCCACAGAAUCCAACAGACGAGAGAAUCUUUUCAGCUGUCAAUCACCAAAGUCAAGAAAUCUGAUCAAGGAACCUACAGUUGCAUUGCAAGUUCACCUCUGAAAAUAGAGACCAUGGACUUUCAGCUGGUUGUUAGCGAUAAAUCUACACCUGUGCCAACAGAAGCCAUUAUUGCUGCAUGUGUUGUUGUCUUCCUGACAUUGUGCUUUGGACUGUUUGCACGAAGGGAAAGGAUGAUGAAGCUCUGCAUAAAGAAGAAAGACCCUGAUAGAGAUACAGCCCUAUGAAAAAGCUGAAACACCAUCUAAUACAGGAAGAGUUUUACAUCAGGACUGCGUACAUCUUCGAUGUAUGCAGUUCCAUCUGUAUUUAUUGCUGUUAUUAAAUAUACUCCUGUCAAAUUGUCAGAGGUUAUGAAGAAGUGUUUCAUUAAUCCUUUAACAGUAGUUGUUGUGUCUAACAUGAUAUGCUUAUAGAACAAUUUUGUGGAGAGAGCUGUUUAAAAUGAAAAGUGAGAUUUUGUUAAGUCUUCUUCUUAAAGAAUAUGUUAAUUAAUUGAGAUUUCUUUCAUAUAAAUGGGGAAUCAUGUACUAUUUGAUUUGUAUUUUUCUAGGUAAAAGAUUAGCAGAUAAUCGAGUUCCACAAAUCAGUGUAAUACUAUGGGCUGGAGAUUUAGCUCAGUGGCAUAAGUGCCUGUCUGACAAGUGUGAGGUUGUGUUUGAUCCCAGUACCAAAAAACAAACAGCAAACAAACAAAAAAACCAGUGCAAUACCAAAAAAAAAAACUAAAAUGGGGAGCCACAGAGAGUGAAAUUUUCCAGGGAAUAUUCCAAAAAAUAUCAAUGAUCACUUUUACAUUCUUUCUGUACAAGAAAAGUUUUAGGAUAAAAAAAAGAAAAAAGAAAAUCUCAGAAUAUAAAACAUUCCUUUACAUGGAAUAAAUUUAGUGUUAUGAAAA